CACCGCGCCGCCCAUGUUGAGAGGUGAUCACUUUUCGAAUGUGUUGCAUUUCACACCUCCACAGUCAGGUCGCUCAUAGGAAGCAUAAUUCAAAUGUUUACACCACGGAAAAACAGGAACAUCCGUAAGAAAAUCGAUGUCGAGGACGUGGACAUAGUCGCAGUAGAUACAUCUGAUACCACUACCGGCCCCACUUCAACCGUGGCAACCGUUGCUGCUGCUACUACCACCGAUACAACAGUUGUAGACACUACUGAAUCUGUUCCAAAGUCUAAGAAGACCAAGAAGAAAAUCAUUAGUACAGCUCUAAGUUUUGGAGAUGAAGAACAAGAGUCAGAAGAGACAUUCAAAGUCAAAAAAAGCUCUGCUAGUAGGAGGCUUGCCCUUAACAGGGGAAGCAGAGCAGAAGAUGGAGCAGAUUUAAAUCAACAUCAGCAUCAUGAGCAUCAACCCGCCAUUGCCAGUCGAGCAACUGUUGGGAACACGACCUCUUAUAGUAAAGAAGCAUUGGAAGAGUUACGGAAAUCAACUAAAUCUGCUACACCAUCCAGUCGAAUUUUUGACACAACCACUAGUGAAUCUCUUGUGGAAGAAAAAUUUCCAACUCUUCUUGGAGGCCCUACUAUUAUCCCGGAUGCGCAUGCAAUUCAUCUAGCAAAAAAGAAGCGUGAACAGAUGCGCCUAAGGAAUGAUCAUGAUGAAGAAGAAUUCAUCUCUUUAACAGGAGGCGAUGAUAAUAGGAUCAUCGAGGAAAAGAAUACAAGGCUGAUCAGAGAAGAAGACGACGAAAUGGACGAUGGUGAAGCAGAUCUCGAAAAUAUUUUGGGAGACAAGCUUGCACUGGGCAGUAAAGCCGAACGAAGGGCCUUGAAGAUCAAGAGGGAAGCUAGGAAAGAGCUGAUUGAUAACAUGGAUGAGGAUGGAGAAGACGAACUAGAAACGAGAGAGUGGGAGAUGCAGCAGAUUCGCAAUGCAGGAAUCGUUAAAAAAGAUACCAAGAAGACUGGAUUGGAUGCCCCUGUUUUGAAGAGCGUAGCAUUCCCCACUGCGGCGCCAAUCCCAAGUCUUGUUAGCGUUAGAAAACGACUUCAAGGACAUAUUGACAAUUUGAAGAGUCGACAUAGUCAACACACGAGACAUCUAGAUCAAAUCCGCCGUGAGGAAGCAGACAUUAUGCUUCGGACUGCAGAAUCAGAGGAAGCGAUGUCAAAGGCGAGUCAGCGUUAUACAUUCUUCCAAGAGCUGCGGUCAUACUGCCGAAACUUGGCUGCAUUUUUUGAAGAAAAGUUCCCCGAAUUGGAAGCGAUUGAACGGGAGUACAGGAGCAUGCUUUCAGAACGCACCAAACUGGUGGUAGAGCGAAGAGUUCUUGAUAUGAAGGAUGAUUUGGCAGAAUUUGCGAAUGUGGUGGAGGAUGAUGAACAUAUGAGCAAUGGUGAUAAGGAUGGAGAGCAGUCAGAGGUUGAUGAAUUUGGACGGAGUAUAAAAGCGGAUCCAGAUGGCGCUCGGAGACGACGGAGGGCCGAACGGGCGCGUCGUCAAGCUCAGAGAAAACGAUCUGAGAUUGAUGAUGAAACAAAUGAGAAGUCUCCGUCACGGAAUGGAGCCAAAAACUAUGAUGGAUUGUCCACAGACGAUGAGCUCGGCGCAGGAGAUGAGCAAGACUUAGGAGAGGCCGUUAUGGGCCUGGAAGAACGUCGUACCAAUAUCUUCAAGGAGGUUGGCGUAGAAUUCCGAACUAUAGAUGCUGUUAAACGACAUUUCCAAGCCUGGAAAACUGAAUAUCCAAAGGACUACAGCAAGGCGUAUGGGGGGCUUUUAUUACCACUUGUAUUCGACUUUUUUGUUCGUCAAGAGACUUGUCUUUGGAAUCCAUUACGCGUUCAACAAUAUAUACCAGAACAGUCGUGGCACAAAUCAGUGGCCUCCUUUACUAUCAUUCAAAAAUCAUCACAUAUGCACAGCGAUUCUGAGAGCGAUCGGGAUGAGGAUGGAGAGGACGAAGAAGACAUGGACAAGGAGUUGCUGGGUAAGGUCGUUGCUAAGAGCCUUUGUCCCAAGAUUACACAGUUCAUCGCAGCAGGCGGUGUUGAUUUGUAUUCUACCAAGCAGACAGAAUGCCUCAAAGCAAUUUUGGAUCAGCUUUUGGACCAUGUGGAUAAAAAGGACAAUAAAAUGGCUCAGCUUUUAGAAGCUACUCAGAAGGCUAUUCUAAAGACAGCGGAAGAUCACAGAACACAAUUUACAGAGGCUGCACAACCUCUCACGCCACGGCAUAUUUUGACCAGCGAAGGACAAGAAGCACGUGAACGAUACCUGUGGAGGACAAUAGGGUUGUUUAAAAAUCUUUUGCAGCUCCGUAGAUUUGUAACACCUAGUAUUAUUGAUCCUCCAGUCGUCGAUGGGCUACUGCAUGAUUGCAUUUUACGGCUGUUGGAAGGUGAUGACAAGGAUACAGUUGCCAAGUAUCAAAUGAUCUUCCAAGCUCUUCCUCACGAGAUCCGAUCACAAGAGCGGCACCUUAUUAUUGACCGCAUGGCUCGAGACAUGUAAACUUGGUUUUAUUCUCAAGACACAAAAGCCUCAAAGGCGAUAACAAAUAAUAUCAAUAGAAAUGAUGAUAAUUAUAUAUUCUUAUAUGUAUAUCAUAUGGCAAAGUCAAAUGUCUUGAAAGAAAAGGAGAUUUGGAGUUCAAGAGAGUUGGCUGUAGCACAUCUCAACAGUUGUGGCUGUGGCUGUGACAAUGACACAUUAAAGUUAUUUUUAGCC